AGAGUUUGAAAAAUGGCGGAAAGCAUGAGUGUAAGAUCUUUCCGAGAAAUUGUUGUUCCGUCAAGCCCAUCAUUCAAAUGGAAAGAAAUCACAGUCAACACAGGUGCAUCGGCAAGCACACUGCAAGAUCUCAAAGUGCCAGACAGUUGUGGUGGCUACUCCUACCUUGAUAGCGGUGUUCCUCAGUCAGCAGUCAGAAACCGUUUUAUUUAUUGGAGAACCAGCAAUGACGUGUUAGAGUUGGUGGAGCAGAGUCUAGACUUUAACCUGCUGAGAUCACAAGUGCGCUUCAAGUUCCAGGACACUCAGAUAUUUGGUGGUGUGACAAUCUGGGAAUCACAUGGCAAUGUCAUCAUCUUGGUGUCAACAGUGGCCAGUGUUCAUCGUCUCAUCUUCCCUCACCCCUCUCGCCUACAGAGAACGGAUAUCGGCUAUUCAGCAGAUCAAGUUGUGCAUUCUAUCUUCUAUGAUGCCUCCCUGAUGACGGCAGCUGACUCCAAAAAUAUGCAUAUGUUGAAUCCAGGUGGCAGUGUAACCUCCCACCUACACAGUGCUGCCACCUACCUAAGCAGUGAAGGAGAUGCACUGUUUUCAUUCUCCAGUAACACUGGAAACAUAUUGUUGAUCAAGAUGCCUCCGCCUCAGGUCCAAGGUGUUGUUCAACAGUUUGAUCUGCGUCAGUCUUCCAUGAUGCAAAAACUAUUCAGUGGACUUAUCAGGAGCGGACAAGAGGCUACAGACUCCGCUACUAGUAUGGUUAUACAAAUGUUCCGAGGAGAUGUCUACAUCUUUGCUGUUUGCAGGGACCACAAAUUAAGAAUAUGGUCAACAAAGACCCGAGAGUGUGUCCUCGCUUACAAUCUACUGGAGUGUUGUCCUGACCUUCAACACGUACAGCCCGUCACAGGAAGUGGGCAUACAAUCAAGAGAGUUUUAAGCAGUGACUCUAUUGAUUUGAAACUAUGUGUGUACUUAAACUUUCCCGACAGAAAUCAGUUUUGUUUUAUACAACCCCAUAUGAUGAAUGGUCGUCUUGAGGUAUACCACAAUGCAACAGUGUUUGGCACACCUGAAGACUUGGUGGAUUAUUCUGUGACUGAUGAACACCUAUGGACUCUGUGGACCAAUCAGACAGGGGAAAGUGUGGCCCGAGUCCGAAGUAUGACAAGCCACUUAAGGGGAGAUAACUGGAGUGAGGUGAUCCUACAGCCCCAAGAGAAUAGCGACAUCCUUGUCCCUCGCCACGCGGACCCUCGAGAGGUUUACUUAGCCCGUAUCUUCCAUCCACGCCGCUUUAAUGUUCAGGAUAUAAGAAAGGCACUCAAUGUUUACCGUCGAUCUCUGGACAUGACAGUUAGUGGGGAGAUGACACUACAAGUUAACACUCUCAAAGAGGAAGUCACUCUGGCUGUGGAAGAUGCUAUCCGAAAUACUGCAUUAUCAAACGAGCUUGCUGAGGAGGAAUACUACCAGAUCCAACUUGACCAGUGGACAAAGUUUCAUUCCUGUUGUGUUCAAUAUCAAGAGGUUGGAGCCAAGAUGAAAGGACUUCUAACUGAUCCCAUCACUGGCCUGGUUUGUCUCAUCAAAAAGGGUUGUGUCACCUAUAUUCGACCAUGUGAUAAAAUUGAGGAGCUGUGUCUUGGAAGUGGAGAAUGGACUGACCAACAGGAGCAAGACCAUGCAAGGCAGUUUGAUGUUGAGAUGCUGGGUCGUUGUCUAGAGCUGAUCAGGUCAAAGGUGACCGAUGAGGCGGGGGCACAGUUUGACUACUGUAUGGCAUCUCGGGAGGAAAUUCAUGUGCUAGCAAACCACAUGGUGGAAGAACUCUUUACAGAAGAAGGUUUCCUGGAAGGAUCAGCGUCUAUGACAUCACUUGGGUCUCAGAUCCAGAGGAUUAUCAAUCUGCCAGACAGUGUCCAGAUUUUACUGGAUGCCACUGACCUCACCACACAUGACGACCUGGAAGACACACCCAUGGACGAGGGUGAGAACACAAACCACCAGCUGUCGUGUGGUCGACUAUUCACUAGUGGUACAGCUGUGGAGAUUCUCUCGGCCACUCUGCAGCAGGUCUCGGUCACAAGACUUUGUGCCCUUAGAGACUUGCUUAUCUUACAGGAGGCAGCCUGUCAGCUGGGAGAUCGGGAUGGUAUCACUCCUGACGUUACCGACCGUCUGCGUCACGAUCUCAUCCCACACACCCUGACCCUGCUACAGUCCUAUAUGUUACUCAAGUGGGUGUCGGAGUCUGUAGCCACACCUAACCAGACCAGUGCUCUAGAGUUUAAUGUUAGACAACUGGCCUCCUUAGAGAUCAAUGAUGGAUCAGGACUCUCCAACCAACAGCGGACAAAUCUACAAAAUAUGGGUCUGGCAGAGCUGUUUAUUCAGGCUGUGGGUGGGACACAGGCACGUCAGAUGCUGGCCCAGACACGAAUGAUGGACAGCGAGCCUUGUGCCACCUGGACUGUGGGAAUCCUUGGUCUCACAAAGUUUGUGUCUCAGCUUAUCUGGCCAAUGAGCCAACACUUUGUCUUCCCAGAGUUCCUUGUAGGUAGUUGUCAAUACCUCCAACUCCAGGAGUACGUCCGACUGCUGAGCUCCUGGUGUGAAUGGCAUGUUGCCUCUCGAAGGUUCAUGUUGGGACUGUGUUACCUGCACUUUGAUGAGCCACAAAAAGCUGGCCAGUGUUUCACGGCAGCAAAGGAGGGAGUGUCGACAGAAAGUUUCCUGAGACAGAAACUUCUACAGACAGAUGAAACAAACAAUAAACGCCUGGAGGUUCUCUACUACCUCAAGGUGUUAAAACAAUUUGAGGAAUUUGGAGCACCUGACAUGGUAGUCUCCCUUGCCAAAACAGGAAUCAGUAUAGCUGAAGACGAUGAUCCUAACCUGCCCACCCUUUGGUCGAAGCUUUUCAAAUACAGACUGGAGUUAGGCCACAACAUGGAGGCAUACUCGGCCAUGAUCUCUAACCCAGACCCUUCCAGGAGAAAAGAUUGCCUGCGACAGUUACUGGUGACCUUGUGUGAGAGGGGUGACCUUGAGGCACUGAUAGGUUUUCCUUACAUUGACCUUGAAGAAGAGGUUGUGAAUAUCCUGGAGAGUCGUGCCCGCUCAGUGGAUCUGCUUACCCAUAACUACUACGACCUUUUGUAUGCAUUCCACAUCUUCAGGAACAACUUCCGGAAAGCUGGCCGCGUCAUGUACGAGCAUGGUACGAGACUCGGGCGGGAGGUACCAGGCAAAAGAGGUCUUGAGCGUCAGGCACAGUGUUACCUAGCAACCAUGAAUGUAUUAAGGCUUGUGAAACCUGAGUAUGCUUGGAUUGUAAAACCUGUACAGAAACAUAAUAGGCCUAAAUUGGAAGACUCUGGAAGUUCACCAAAGCAUUUCCUGGAUGGAGAGGAAAAGCUAGCAGCGUCUGAGCAGAAGAUGGAGAUAAUGGAACUGGGCGACAUAGAGAAGGAGUUUAUGUUGGUUGACGCUCGGCUCCGACUCAUACAGAAAGACACAGAUCCAGCCCUCACAUCAGGUCCAACUCCAGGGCCAGAUGAAAUGGUCGGACUACUGGUAAAGGCUGGAAUGUAUGACAGAGCAAUCACAGUCUGUCAAGUGUUUGAUAUGAAGCUAGUCACAGUGUUUGAAAGUCUUGCACUCAGGUGUGUGAAGCUUUCCCGUAGCAGUUCCUGGGAUAACUCGGUAGUAUCAGUGACGUGGGACUGGCUACAGGAAAACAGCUUAGCUUUGUCAAAUCUCACCAAGGAUACCAGUGCAACGGACCUGGCUUGGUUGCUCCUGCAGCACUACUUGGAGACCUACGAGGGUCAUACCGGACAGUACCACCGAUGUAUAGCUAUGAAACUGCUAUCUCAAGCCUUUCCUCUCCCUACAUGGCUAAUCAACUCUUACAAGGGGUUAAACACAUCAGAACUACUGAGGGUUUAUAUCGACUUCGACUUGCUGGAGGAUGCCGUGAUUUUGACCAUGGAAUAUAUUGAUGCAGUCAUGGACUCUUUUACGGGUCAUGGCAGUGAACUUUUCAAUUUACGGGGCUGCCUACAAAAUCAUACCCAGACAGCCUGGCUUCCCUAUACCUGUAUUGACCAGCUCCUUAUUGCUCUAGCAGAUCACAAGCAUGACAUCACACAUGGCAAGCUGUAUGAAUCCCUACAGAACAAAAUGAGCAUCUACUAUAGCAAGCUGUCUGAACAGGACUAUAUCAGCUGACAUCGGCUCAUCUGAAUGUGUGUUUGUACUGUCCUAAUUGUCCCCUGCUGAACAGAUAUAUUUUUGUGGAUGCAUCAUCAGCGUUACCACUAUCUCAACGGAAACAUUUUACUUGUACAACAUUGGACAAGAAUCCGUGUUUUGAAAAAACAGAUUUUUGAAGGUUUUUUUUAGCAAAAGUUGUGUUACACUACAAUCAAGUACCCCCUAAUUCAGCAUGCCUGGUUAAAAUCAUUUAUGAACUCUUUCUGCCAAAAAUUUACCUUGUAGCUUCAUUAUCGAAAUAUCAUAUGAAUCCUUCAUUUGUUGAUGAUCAAAUAGUAAAAUGAGGAUUUGAAAGCAUGCACAAUAUCAACAACUUAGGUUGUAUAUUUUGCAAAAAUUGUAUGACUUUUGAUAUCUGUAUUGAUGCCCAGCAGAAUUAUUGAAUAAAUUAUGUCUAUGUAACUAUACAAGA